UUGAAAAAAAAGUCACAUCGAGCUCAUACUCGGAGAGGUAGAGACACCAGUCACCUGUGUACAUUGAACAGACGCAGGAGGAGGGAGAUAGAGAGAGAGAGAGAGAGAGAGAGAGAGAGAGAGAUGGAUCCAAAGUUAGCGGAGGUCUCGCAGCUAUUCGAGCGAUUCAAAGCGGCGUGUGCCCGAGAGGAUGUCGACACUUGCUGCAAUGUGCUUUCUAAGCUCAAGGUCUUGUUGACAGGAUUUUCUAGCCUGCCACCGUUGUUUGAAGAUACGCCUAAUGCUAUUCAUGAGUUGACAUUAGCAAGGGAUAUAUAUGAGCAUGCUGUUCUUCUAAGUGUGAAGAUUGGGGAUCAGGAUGCCUUUGAAAGGGAUUUCUUUCAGUUGAAGCCAUAUUAUACAGAUGCCAGCAGUAGCCGUCUCCCCCCAUCUUCUCAGGAAUACAUGAUCUUAGGCCUCAACCUCUUGAGACUUCUAGUGCAGAAUAGAAUUGCUGAAUUCCAUACUGAGCUGGAACUGCUUUCAUCCACUGCUUUGGAAAAUCCUUGCAUCAAGCAUGCUGUGGAGUUGGAGCAAUCAUUCAUGGAAGGGGCUUACAACCGUGUGCUGAGUGCAAAACAAACUGUGCCAUGCAAAACCUAUGAUUAUUUCAUGGAUCUUUUGGCAAAGACAGUAAGGGAUGAAAUAGCUGGAUGCAGUGAGAAGGCAUAUGGCUAUCUUUCAGUUAGUGAUGCCCGCCAAAUGUUGCUCUUCUCUUCUGAUAAUGAACUUCUGCAGUACAUCAAGGAGGAGCAACCCGAGUGGGAGAUAAAGACUGGUCAAGUAAUUUUCCAGAAGGCAAAAGAAUCUGCCUCUUGCAAGGAAAUACCAUCUCUACAACUUAUUAACCAGACUCUGAGUUACGCAAGAGAGUUGGAGCGAAUUGUGUAGAGUUGAAACUGAUGGCUAUGGUCGCAAAACUCUAAUUGAAAAUUGUUCUGAGGAUAAAGAUAUUAUCUUCUUGCAUUUUAAUUUGGUCACUCCAGUAACAAAAUUUGAUCAUUAUGGCAACUUUCCCCCUCUUUCCCGGUAAUUCUGUCUUCAUUUUUAAUGCUGGCGAGGAUCUUGUACUUUCAAACUAAACUUUAGAGUGCAAUAUUUCGCACUGGUGGAGGGUCAAAAUUUUCCAAUAUGAUGACUUCUUGAUUAUAGAAUUGGGCUGGUUAAUAUAUGGCCAUAAUUCUUUCUGAGUUUCACUAAAAUUGUCAUGGAUUUGAGGUUA